AUGCAAUACAAUCCCGUCGUAGUUGAACAACUUAUUCUUUGCUGUGAAUGUGGGACAGCUAUUACUCCAAACCCUUCAAAUAAGUGUAUCAAUUGCAUUCGUAAUGAGGUUGACAUUACUGAAGGCAUUCCAAAACAAGCUACUUUACAUUAUUGUCGAAAUUGUGAAAGAUACUUGCAACCACCAAAUAUCUGGGUUUUAGCGGGGCUAGAAAGUCGUGAAUUGUUGGCGUUAUGCCUUAAAAAAUUAAAAGGACUAAAUAAAGUACGAUUAAUAGACGCUGGUUUUAUUUGGACUGAACCUCAUUCAAGAAGAAUUAAAGUUAAAUUAACAAUCCAAAAAGAGGUUUUUGUAUCAACAAUUUUGCAACAAAUUUUUGAAGUAGAAUUUGUUGUGAACUAUCAACAAUGUGGUGAUUGCGCACGUAUAAUGGCAAAAAAUACGUGGCAAUCAAUGGUACAAGUUAGACAAAAAGUCAACCACAAAAGAACUUUUUUGUUCUUGGAACAAAUUAUUCUUAAGCAUAAUGCACACAAAGAGACUAUAAAUAUCAAAGAGGUCAAGGAUGGUCUCGAUUUUUUUUAUUCCAACAGAUCUCAUGCUGUUAAAAUGGUGGAGUUUUUAAAUGCUGUUGCUCCUGUCAGAACAAAGACGUCCGAACAACUAAUAUCAACAGAUAUUCACAGCAAUACAUCAAAUUAUAAGUUUACUUAUUCUGUUGAAAUAGUACCUAUAUGUAGAGAUGACCUAAUUUGUUUGCCACUUAAAGUUGCGCGUUCAUUAGGAAACAUAAGUCCUUUGGUGAUAUGUUAUCGUGUCGGUAAUUCCAUUCACGUAAUGGAUCCAAAUACUUUAGCAGUUUCAGAAAUUACAACUUCAACAUAUUGGAGGAAUCCAUUCACUUCAUUGUCAACAAUAAAGAAUUUGGUAGAAUAUUAUGUCUUAGAUGUUGAACCAUUGGGCCCAAAACGUGGAAAGUAUGUUCUUGCCGACAUUCAAGUUGCACGAUCUUCAGAUUUUGGAAAGAAUGAUACCACAUUUUUUGCACGUUCUCAUCUUGGUGCAAUUCUGAAUCCUGGAGAUACGGCUUUAGGAUAUGAUCUUACAUCUUCCAAUUUUAACGACUAUACUUUUGAUACUCUCAAUAGAAAUUCUCUUCCUGAUGUUAUACUUAUCAAAAAAUCUUAUCCACAAAGACGCAGGAAAAAUAAGUCUCGUAAAUGGAAGUUAAAAUCAUUAUCUAAAGAAAAGGAGGAAAUGACUCCUAGAAAACAAGAUGCUGAUAAAAUGGAAGAAGAUUAUGAGUUGUUUUUACAGGAUUUGGAAGAAGAUUCAGAAUUAAGACAGAACAUUAAUCUUUAUAAAUCUAGUAAUGCAAUGGAUGUGGAUACUGCAGCUGAAGAAAGUGCAGCCGAAGAGGAGGAAAGUUUUCCUGAAGUAGGAAUAGAAGAGCUGUUAGAAGAUCUCACGCUAAAUGAUAAAGAUGAAUAA